AUGGGUGGAGAGAGAGAUGGGCGUGAGAGCAAGGAGAAUGAGGACAAGAAAAAAGAGUAUAGGGAUGCGAGGUGGAACCAAACACGCUCAGAGAGAAUUGCAAAGAUCAAGAAGGGUUUCUUGGAGAAGACAAGAACCAAGAGAGAUGGGAGGUUUCGCCUAUGUUGUCCCAUAGAGGUUGAUCUCCACACUCUUGCUCUAUGGGUGAGCGAAGGAAUUAAGCGUGGUCCUGUUGAGAUUGAUCUCCAUGUGUCUGAUCUUGAGUUGCCUCGGGGUCUUUUCACUUGCAAUUCACUUGUGAUUUUAAAACUGGGAUGUGGUAUUCGUUGCCCGAUUGAUAUUCCUCCCCCCUUUUGUUUCCCAUGUCUGAAAAUCCUCCACAUUGACUUUUAUUUUCCUCCAAAGCAGUUACUGCAAUGCCUCUUUCGUAGCUGCCCGGUACUUGAGGAUCUAGUCAUAAUUGGAGAACUAGGGGAAGAGCAAGGAUUGAUUUUUGAUAUCUCCGCCCCCGCUUUGAAGAGAUUAAAAGUGCAACUAUAUGCAUACUUUCAUAAGGAAUUCAAAUUUGAGCUUAAUGUUCCGAAUCUUGAAUACUUCGAUGUCAACGAGUCAUUCUUGGCAAGGUAUUUGGUGGAGGACCGUAAAAAAUGUAUUCAAGUUGAUGGAAAUCUGAAAGCUUGA